CUCUAUGGGUCGCUGUGGGUCUCAGGCAGGUUCCCGGACGCGGCGGCGGCUCCGGGGCUGCGGCUCAACGGGCAGCACCGCGAGAAGCUGCUGCAGCGCUGGGACGGCGGCGACGGCGCCUGCGACGAGUAUGACCUGGACUCGGACCUGUCCAACGGGUGGGAUCCCAACGAGAUGUUCAAGUUCAAUGAAGAGAACUAUGGGGUGAAGACAACCUACGACAGCAGCCUGGCCUCCUACACGGUGCCGCUGGAGAAGGAGAACUCGGAGGCGUUCCGGCAGCGGGAGGCGCGCGCGGCCGCGCUGGCGCGGGAGAUCGAGGCGAGUCCCCAGCACCGGCUGCGCGCGGCCGCCGAGGAGCAGGAGGAGGGACGGGCCGAGGACGAGCGCCCGGGGCGCAGGGACCCCAAAUUCCCGCCCCUCCCCCAGCGCCCGCGGGGGGGGCUCCGCUGCGGCUCCUCCCGAGGGGGAGGGGGAGGGGCCCCGAGACCCCCCGGGGGGGGAGGGGCCGGAAGUGCGCCCCCCCCACCCCGAGGGGGCCCCCCCCACCCGGAGCCGGGGGUCAAUGGAGGCCCCUCCCCCAAGGCCCAGCGACCCCCCCGUGGGGGGAAGGGCAGCGGAGGGGGGUGCCCAUCCCCCACCCCUGCCCCCCGCCUGCCCCUCCCCCGCUCCCCCAAGCCCGGCCCCUCCCCCCUCCCGGACCCCCGCCCCCCCACCCCCGUGGUGGGGGAGGGGCCGCCCCCUCCCCCCGCCUCCCCCUGCCCCUCCCCCACCCCUUCGCCCUCCCCCUCCCCCCACCCAGGAUCUGCCCCUCCCCCCCCCGGCCCGGACCUCGCGGGACCCACAGAGACCCCCCGCAAAGGUCCAUCAGAGCAGCAGCGGAACCAGUUGGAGGAGCUGAGGAAAUUUGGGGCUCAGUUUAAGCUCCAGCCCAGCAGCGCCCCCCAGGACCCCCCCCCAGAGCCCCUCCCCCCACCCCGCAGCGGCCCCUCCCCCCCCGGAGCCCCCCCCGAGGCCCAAGGGGGGGGUGGGGGAGGGGCGGGGGGAGGGGCCGGGACCCCCCCGGGGACCCCCCAGGACAAGGACGAGCAGGUGAAGAAGUCGACGCUGAACCCCAACGCGAAGGAGUUCAACCCCUCGAAGCCCCUUUUGGGCGUGGGCAAAGCCGCUGCCCCCCCCUCGCCGGGGCCCCGCCUCCACCCCUCCCCCACGCUGGGGGUCAUGACCCCGCCGGGGGCGGGGCAAGGUGGGGGAGGGGCCGGAGGAGGAGGAGGAGGUGGGGGGGGAGGGGCGAGCAGCAUCUAUGCCCCUCCCCCUCCCUAUAUCUCCUAUAUACCCCAGCUCCAUGUGCAGGCCCCCCAAAUGUACCCGUACCCCGUGUCCACCCCCCCCCAAGGCAAAUACCGGGGAGGCAAAGGUUCCCUCCCCCCGCCGCCGCCGCGCUCGGAGCAGCCUCACGCCCCUCCCCCCCCAGCCCCUCCCCCGUCGCCCCUCCCCCCCAUUACUCCCAGUACAUCUCGUACGGACCCCCCCAGGCCUUCGGGGGGGGGGCAGCCGCUCGUGCAGCCCCUCCCACACUACCCCUCGCAGGCUGUGUUCGCGCCGCUGCUCCCCGGCAGCCCCCGCCUGCACCCCUCCCCCACCCUGGUGUCCUCCGCCGCCCCUCCCCCGCCCCAGUUCCCUCCCGGCGACCAAUCAGGAGCCCCACAGACCCUGUACGCCGCUGUCCAUCAGCCCUUCCCCCCCCCGACGCCGGCCGGGAACCCGCCGCCCCCACCCCCCAGCCAGCCUCCUCCCCCCCCUCCCCCCAGCGCCGCUGCAGCUGCUGCCGCCGUCUACGCCCUUCACCAGAGCCUGACCCACGGCUAUGGGGUGGCGCAUGUGGGGCAGGCCCACGUACAGACGGGUCUCGCGGCGGCCCCGCCCCCCCCCCACCCCGGGGCCGCCCAUCCCCCCCCCCAGGUGAUGCUGCUGCACCAGAGCCACGGGGGGGGGGGGGGGGGGGGCGGCGUCACCCCCGGGCCCUUCCCCUACAUCGGCCACCACCAAGUCCAGUCGCAGCAGCUCCAGUUCCACCCCCCGGGCAACUGACGCCGCCCCCCAAGUGGCUCCUUCUGCCCCCCAAGUGUGGGGCUGGAGCGUGGGGGGGAAUCUAUGGGGCAGAGCUGGAGCCGCCCCUCCCCUCCCCCCCCGCGGGGGCUUUUCUAUUAUUUAUAGUGGGGGGAGGGGGGAGGGGGGAACCUUAAAAAUGGCCCCAAAUGAC